CUCCCGCCAAAGCUAUCCCCCGCCUCCCACGACGCCGCCUCUCUUUUUUUCCUUUCAUCUCUCUCCUCUUCUCUUGGCCCACAGCUGCUGCCGACCCGCACGCUGUCUCCAGGCGCACAAUGGCACCCACAGAAGUCAUUGAGCGCGACGCGCCCAAUGUCGUCCCUCAGUCACACGCGCCGGCGCCCUCGUCGCGUCUGCCGCCCGCGCUGCGCGUGCCCAUUCUCAUCAGCCUGAACAUGGGCAUCAACGCGCUGCUGUGGGAGUUUGCCUCGAAUUUCCUGAGCCCCGAGCUCGGCGCCAUCAGCAAGGUGCCCGCCGCCGACGACAUCACGUCGCUGUACUCGCCCGCCGCGCGUAUCGCCAUGCGCUGGCUGACGGUGUGCAUGGCCUGGGGCCUCAGCUACGACUUCUACGAUGUGUCGGCCCUCGUCGUCCUCACGUACGCGCCCUUUGCCUACCUGCUCACCACCUUCUACCAAAUCUCGCCUUUGACCGCCGCCGCCAACGUCUGCAUCGAGGUCCUGUCCUUCGCCAUCCCCACGUAUCUGCUGCGCCCGCGCUCCCUCGCCCACAAGAACAAUGCCCCCUUGCGCAACCGCUUCUUGCUCAACAGCUACCAGGUGCAGCUUUCGAGCUUCAUGCUGGCCACCGGCGUCUAUGUUGUGCUGCUCUGGGCCGCCCUGAAGACGGGCUCCCUCAACACCUUCCUUGUCCAGUACUUUGACAUUCCCACGCUCGAAAUCGCCCACCUCGAGACGCCCUUGUCCAUUGUCCUCAAGACCUUUGUCGCUGGUUUCGCCGCAAAGGCCUUCCUGCUCAACCCCUCGUUUGCCGCCCAGCCCCUCCCCGGCAACCAGACACCGGCCGAGCCGUUUGACCCAGCCACUGCCACACUCCCCCAGACGAUCGAGUACAAUUUCUACAACUUCUCCAAGAGGACGCGCACCCUCAUCCAGCAAACACUGAUUCUGAACGCCUUCCUCUUUAUUGGCACCGUCCAGCGGUGCAUGACGCUUCUGGGCACUGAUAUCCUGGGCGCGGUUGGCUAUGCCGGUGUGUGGGUGGCUGCCAAUACCGUCAUUGCCCUGUGGUUCGGCUGGGUGGGAGACACAAGCUCGGAUUACGAGCCCUUGUAAAACUAUAUAGGCACGCGCAGCACGUUUGGCAUGGGGUUGCGAUGUGCGGCGACUCUCCUUGGGAGUCUGCAAGGCAGAGGAACCAUGUUAUUCUUAAUCUUGUUACUCCUAUUGUUUUUGCAACAAUCAUCUCCGUCUCACACCCUGUCUCUCACUCACUCACAUGUGAUGCGCUGAGCCUGUAUUUCCAUAGGGCAUCAUCAUGCGAUCAUUGUUGCCAUCAAUUUCCAUAACUCAUUCUGAUACCAUCUCUUCGGUUGGAUAAUGUGCCUCCACCCCCACUAGCCUACUCGACAUAAAAUACCUCCU